CUCUUUCAGGGGUCCCCUGCUUAAGACCCCAUUUCCCAUCCCUCAGAGAGGUCUCGGGCACCUCCUCCUCCUGGGUUGACUGGCCUGAGUGAGGAGGGCUGGGCGUGGAGCCAGGAGGUGGGGAUCUGGCUCCGGCAGGCAAAUCAGGUCACAGGGUGAAAUUAAAAGGGAGGAGGAAGUCACUGACCCGUCAGAACUGGAGCUCCUUCGGGGCGACGAGGUGACUGGGAGAAGAGCUGGGGAGACAGGCUGUGCAGGUGGGGAGCCAGGGGCCCAGGAUGGCCCUGCAGAGGGCUGUGCAGCUGUCCUCAAAGAAGCCCACCUACGCCGUGUGUGUGGUGGGAGUCGAGACGCAUGUGGACAUUCACAGGGAUGUGCCCAAGGGCGCAGAGACCUUCGGGGUGUCUGAGAGCUCCGGGGUGAGGGUCUUCGUGGUGUACGACCCAGAGCAGGUGACAGUGCCCACAGGCCAGGCCCGCUGGCCCCUGGACGCCAGCGUGGGUGUGACUGUCUCUGUGGACACAGCCAGUAAGGACUUAAAUGAUCUCAAGGUGAAGGUCUCCUACUUCGGGCAGCACGGGGGCGACGCCCUGGGCCACGGCGUGCUCUAUCUCACCGGCGUCGACAUCUCCCUCGACGUCGACACGGGCCGCACGGGCAAGGUGAAGCGGGGCCAAGGAGACAAGAAAACCUGGCGCUGGGGCCCUGAGGGCUAUGGGGCUGUCCUGCUGGUGAACUGUGACCGGGAUAGUCUCAGGUCCCAGGGGCUGGACCUCGCCGACAGGCAGCUGACAUCGCUGGACGACCUGCAGGACAUGUCCCCAAUGGUGCUGAGCUGUGACGGCCCUGACAAGCUCUUCAACAGCCACAAGCUGGUCCUGAACGUGCCAUUUUCUGAUUCCAAAAGACUGCGGGUCUUCUGUGCGAGGGGUGGGAAUUCCCUCUCAGACUACAAGCAAGUGCUGGGGCCCCAGCGUUUGUCCUACGAGGUCAGGCGGCAGCCGGGGGAGCGGAAGGUCAGCUUCUACGUGGAGGGGCUCACCUUCCCCGACGCAGACUUCUUGGGGCUGGUCUCCCUCAGCAUCAGCCUGGUGGACACGGGGACCCUGCCGGAGGUGCCCCUCUUCACAGACACCGUGGCCUUCCGCAUGGCCCCCUGGAUCAUGACCCCUAACACCCAGCCGCCCCUGGAGCUGUACGUGUGCAGUGUGAGAGACUCUCAUGGCUCAAAUGAGAAAUUUCUGGAAGACAUGUCUGACCUGGGGUUGAAAGCCAACUGCAGGCUGAUCAUCUGCCCUUGGAUUGAAAAUCGAAAUGACCGCUGGAUCCAGGACGAGAUGGAGUUCGGCUAUAUCGAGGCCCCUCACAAAUCCUUCCCAGUGGUCUUUGACUCCCCCCGAAACAGAGGCCUGAAGGAUUUCCCCUAUAAGAGGAUCCUGGGUCCCGACUUUGGAUACAUCACCCGAGAGAUCCUGCUGGCUGGCGCCUCCGGCCUUGACUCCUUUGGCAACCUGGACGUCAGCCCGCCGGUGACAGUGGGCGGCAAGGAGUACCCCCUGGGCCGGGUCCUCAUCGGCAGCAGCUUCCCCAAGUCUGGUGGGAGGCGAAUGGCCAAGGUGGUGCGGGACUUCCUGCAGGCCCAGCAGGUGCAGGCGCCCGUGGAGCUCUACUCCGACUGGCUCUCCGUGGGCCACGUGGACGAGUUUCUGAGCUUUGUGCCCACCUCCGACCAGAAGGGCUUCCGGCUGCUCCUGGCGAGCCCCAGCGCUUGCCUCAAACUGUUCCAAGAGAAGAAAGAGCAGGGCUACGGGGAGGCGGCCCAGUUUGAUGGGUUAGAGCACCAGGUGAAGAGAAGCAUUAAUGAGAUGCUGGCAGACAGACGCCUCCAGAAGGACAGUCUCCACAUCCAGAAAUGCAUUGACUGGAACCGGGAGGUGCUGAAGCGGGAGCUGGGCCUGACGGAGCGGGACAUCAUCGACAUCCCCCAGCUCUUCUCCCUGAAGGACUCCUACGCAGAAGCCUUCUUCCCCGACAUGGUCAACAUGGUGGUCUUGGGCCAGCACCUGGGCAUCCCCAAGCCCUUCGGGCCCGUCAUCCACGGCCGCUGCUGCCUGGAGGAGAAGGUGCGGUCCCUGCUGGAGCCGCUGGGCCUCCACUGCACCUUCAUCGACGACUACUUAUCCUACCACAAGCUUCUCGGGGAGGUCCACUGCGGCACCAACGUGCGCCGGCAGCCCUUCGCCUUCAAGUGGUGGAACACGGUGCCCUGAGCUUGCUCCCCACCCACCCUCCUCUCUGCCCACCUGCCAGGGAGCCCCACCCAGGGCAGGGCGAGGAACCUCCACUUGGCCUCCAUCCUCUUGGAGGGGCCUCGGGCACUGCUUCCCAAGUGCCUGCAGACCCACUGGCCACCGUGGGCGCCGGGAGACCGGGAUGGACACCGCACAGCCUCACCCCCGGAGCGAGGCCUCGCCUGCCCAGCCCGAGAAGGACCGCCCUCAUUCUUUCCUCUCCUCUCCCCGUCCACAACGCCCAGAGGUUCUGGAAAAGACCCACAUGGCCGGCGUGGCCUUGGCAGGUGCCCCGCUUUAAAUGGCUCUUCCUCCGCUCUGACACCCCACGUCUGCACCAGGAACGGGGCCCAGAGAGCCUGGACUCUGGCGUGAGGGCCCUGGGUCUAGGCCACCAGUGGCUCUUAUAGGACCAGAAAGGGGGACAUGAGGCACGUCUUUCUCCACCAGCCACCUCCUCCUGCGGGGGUGGGGGUGGGGGGGGCCCAGGCUGUGACCUCCUAGCAGCCCUCUGCCGUAUUGACAUAGGCAAAUAGGACAGGAAAACCCAGCGUCUGGGGGCCUGUUUUAAAAAGAAAAGGCAACAAAACCCCAUUUAAUACGAGACUCUGUCCUCAGAAGGUGCUUGUUACCUGUUUGGGAAGCCUUUAAUUACGAGCGCUGGCUGCUUCCAGCUUCAAAACACUGAGAGGCCGAAACGCAGCCUGAGGAGCGCAGACAGAGGGCCCGGCAAGAGGAGAGGAGGCCAGGAUGGCCCAGGAGGCCGAGGCAGGAUGAUAAAACCUGGGGCCUGGCCGCUGCGUCCUCGGCUCCCGGGCUCUGGGUUUGGGACUCCGAAAUUGAAGGGGGCCGGCUGUUCCAGGGUGUUCCUGUCCCAGGGGGCGGGGGCCAUUAGGUUAUCUCUGAAGGUGGGGCUUAAUUUCCUUUAAUAGUCUUUAAUUAGUCCCCUUCACCCUGCAGGCAGUGGGAGGGGAGGGCUCCCUGGUCCGAGACCCUGCGGGUAGCUUGGGCUCCACCCAUGAGUAAACCCCGUGGCAGGCCUGUCCCCUCCCACAGAAGGGAAGAGGAAGCCUCCACAGGGGUUAAUAGCCGGCCGGUGAGGUCACCCAGACGGAGCACAGGCAGGCGCCUGGCCAGUGCGGGGUGAGCAUGGGCACGUGAGAGCAGCCUGCCCCUGCCCCAUGGCCUGCGGGCUGUCUCAGGGCUCGGAGCCGCUGGGCCUCUGCCCUCUGGGUUUUCAGGGGCCCCUGGUGAGACCCAGCUGAGCCAGCUGCUCUUAGACUCUUAGCCACAAACACUCACCAAACCAAGGCUCACCUGGAAACCCAACACCAAAACUGAUGAAACCGGAACGGCUCCGGUUGAAGGCGCGGGGGCCGCGUCCCUGGAUCCUCCCGUUCCAGAAGGCUCUGUGGAACCCCACUCACAAGCCCCUGGUCCAGCCUGUGCACUUUCUGCUCAUCCAAGGGUGUGCAGCCAGGGUGGGCGGGACCCCCCAGGGAAAGGGCUGGGGGAGGUGCGGGGGGAGGAGCUGAGAGAGCGGAAGGGUGGGGACCCAGCCGUCCAGAGUGGCACUGAGGCGGGGAAGCCCAGGAAUUGCUGCUGAGGCUGUUGGGGAGCCCUGAUGUCCCCCGUGAGAAUGUUACAGGUGACUGGUCACCUCCUCUCUGAUUAAUAAAAACGUUGA